CUGCAGGAGGCCAAAGAAGAAGAAAUCUCAACUACUCCUCUGUCCCACGUGACUGAGCGACUGCAGACAUUAAAAGCUGAUAAAAAGUCGAGACAUAACCGCUAAGUUUGACCUGCCAUCAUGGAUGAAGCGGAUACGGCCGAAUACAGGGAGCCCUGCGCUCAAUGCGCUGCCGUGAACUGGGGCAUCUCGGACGAGGGUCGCUUCUACUGCAGGUCCUGCCACAACGUAAUCGAGAGAACCAGAGAGGUGAUGGACAUGUCCUUCACUCGCGACUCUAACAGAAUUUCCUGGAUCUCCAGUAAAUCCAGAACCAGGAAGACGGACCGCGGCAACGUCUGGAUGCUGUGUGAAGUUUUCCAGUUCAUCCUGAAGAACCAGGCCGACGCUCUGCUCAGACUGGGAGUCAGUCCUGGAUUUAAGGACGACGUGCUGUCUCAGCUGUGGAGACUCUAUCUGCAGAAGAGCCAACAGGCGUACACCAGAAACCCGAUUAACAGUUUUAAGUUUAAACAGAAAGGGUUGGAUUCGGAUUCGGGCAGCGCAGCAGAUUCUGUUCUGUCGGGGAGUUUCACAGAUACCGGGUCAAAUCUGCACAGCUCUGCUGACUGUAAUGCAGAGAGCGGCAGUGAUCGGGGGAGAUCAGGGCAAAGCGGCACAUGCUCGACGGCUUCAUGGAAGCGGAGUCGCAGCCUGAUGACCAUGGAGAAGACUUUGGCUCUGAUUCACCUGGCUCUGGUUUGGAGCCGCGAAGCUUUGACGCUUAGCGACCUGCUCAGGCUGGUGAAAGAUGAUCACGUCCCAUACGUGACUGCCUACGAGCAACUUCCUGAAGAGAUGAAGCUCUGUGGUCGGGUUGCUCUACUUUUCCAUAUCAAGAAUAUUCCAUCUCAUCGCUCAAUCCACAAAAUGGCCCAGGGCCUGGUUAUGUUCCUGCAGCUUCCUGCUUUUCCUCCAAUCAACCCACAAACCUUGCUGCACCCAACUCUGCUCAGCCUGCGUUACCUGACUGACGCUAACCUGCCCGACGAGCUCCACAGGUGGGUUUGCAUCCUGAUGGACCGCGCUGAUAUGGCCAAUCAGAAGCGCCACACGUUGGACCUCGCGUCACAUCCUGCCCUGCCACUGUACGACCUGCAGGCCGCCGCCCUCAUCAUCGUCACGAUGAAGGUGUUGUUUGGCCUGGAUGACCACACCGAGUGGAAUUUAUCAAAUGAGGCUGGUUCCCAUGACGAUUUAGGAGACCUGUUCAGCUUCAGGAGGUGGUACAGACUGGUUCAGGCCGCUUUGAUCCAAGCUCAGCAGAGGAGGAACCAGGACAUUGCCAGGAAACAGUGGAAAGGAAAGAAACCGUUUUUCACAGACAAGAGGGACAAAUAUUUUGUGAUGAAGAGGAGAAGAAUAUCAGACAAUGUCCAGAUGUCUUUAAAGAAGCUGACUUCUCGUCCGGCGCCUGUCCAGGAUGUCGCUCCCUCCAGCUUCCAGUUCUGCUGGGGGAGCGAGGACGGGUCAGACGGGCCCAGUCUGCAGCACAUGAAGCUGGGUAAAGUCGUCUCCCUGAAUCACGAUGUCUCGACUCCCUCGAACUUCAAAUACUGGCAUCCACCUCUCCGGACCUGCAAACCCCGGAGUUGCACCAGUCAUUACUCCAUCAUGGAGCCGACGCUGCCGCGCUCCUUCGUUUGGAUGCUGCAGCUCUUCUCCUUCAUGCUGGACGUGGAGCCCUGGUAUCUGUUCGAAGAGGUGCUGGAGGUGGAGAGAAGAGUUUUUGGCAUCAAAACACCGCAGAGCGGACAACAGAUUCCGAUCGGGGGACAGAACGAGACCGGGAGCAAUACAAAGAAAUGGAACAGGAACUGUGAAACGAAGCAGGACUCGAAAAGUGGAGACCCAGUAAGGAAACCCAAAAGCUGAACAAAAGGAGAAAAUAGAUUGUUACAUUUUGUUACUCAGCUGUAUAAUAGAAACAUUUUUGUAAUAAACCCCAAAAUCCUUCUACCAGGACCGAUCCCAAAAAGUAACAGGAAGCAGUGCUUUAAUAAAACCAGAAAAUAUGUUGAACCUGUGGAAAGAUCAUUUAUGUUUAGAAAUGUCAUCAAUCAUUUUAUUUGAUUAUAUUUUACAGAAAACACCAGAGGCAGAUAUUACCAAAUCAUUUAAACAUUUAAUAGAGCCAUACUGUCUGUAGUAGUUAAUAAGCAUGAACAUCUGUUGGUUUUACUUCAUCUGCUUUGUUUGGAAACAAAGAACCUGCGGGGAGCUGCAGUGGCAGGGGAACGACCAGCAGGGGGAGACAAACUAAAGCGUGGAGCUCGUACUGAAAAUCAGCUUUUCUGUUUCACAUCGACAGAAUGAAACUUAUCACCGAGCUGAAUCCACUUUCUGGAAUGUUUUCUUUCCACUGAGCAUCAAUAGCCAGGAAUGUUUUCUCUUCCUGCUGUUAAAUACAGAAAAUAAAUGAAAUAAAACCGGGUUUUAAGCUGCAGAUUCAUUCAGUCAGGCUGCUGCAUGGUCUGCUGUUGCUGUUGCCAUGGAGAUAGUACAACAAGCAGCCAAUUGGCCAAUGAUAUGGUGCUGCGUUCACUUACUGAAGGUUAUUUUGUGAUUCUCCACAGAUCUUUAGCUGUAAGCAGUCAUGGUUCACCUUUCCCCCACAGUAUCUUUCGGAUCUCACGUUUCAUUAUGUUGUGUUCAAAUAAACCUGAUUUUAUUUUA